AUGUCUCAAACAGCUCAGUCGGGAACAGCCUCCGCAUGGGACCUACCGCCAUCUACUCCAUGGUCACAUAGGCACUCCAUACCAGGUUCAGCCCCCUCACAACCAGCUAUGAUGGGACCAGGACAUCAGGAAGCCCUCCAUUGCAAUCCGCCUGCUGAAAGCCAUGGUGGCCUUCCUCCACACGUUUAUUCGAUGCUGAUUCAUGCGAGUCAUCAACUGAAGGCCCGGCAUCGGCCUGCGGUGGAGAGGCAGCUUCCAGAUGCAAAAAAUGCCAUAUCAGGCGGUCCUAGCAUUCCACCCGUGCUGCCCAUGCCCGCCCCUUACCUUGAUCCACGCCAUCAAGUUGAACCACAGCAUUAUCAUCAUCCUAGCCAGGACCAUCUUGGCCGAGGCUUCUAUCACCAGAACAGCACUCAAACAGCCUCGCCUCAGGUUUCUGACCCCUACCGGGCACAUUAUCCAGAUAUCCAUGGACGCAUUCCUUCGGGGUCUGUGGGUGCAGUACCUAGCCCACAAGUCGACAGUGGUGUCGUCUCUUAUCGGCCCGUGCCUUCGACUCCAGCCGGGCCCCGUUAUUCAAACAAUCGCGCUCCCAGGACGCGUUUCGGUGAUCAGCAGUCAGAUCCGAAGCGGAGAAUUCAGAUGCAGAUCAACUACCUCGAAAGCCUGGCUCUUGACAUUCCCCCUCUGGACUCCUUUAAAUGUGAACUUCAGGCUAAAGAGGCCUUCCGUGUCCGCCUGACAGAAAUUGCGCAAAACGCCAUCGCACGCCAUGCAGAGAGCCGUGGGCUCACCGUGGGGCCGAAUGCCAUCGACUUCAAGUGUUUCGGCAGUCUGCGCAAUGGAUUUGCUCUCCCUGGUGCCGAUAUGGAUUUGACAAUGAUCACCCGUGCUUCAAGCUUUCCCAAAGAGCUGGAAGCAGAGUGCCCUCGAAUUCUCGAAAAGGCUUUCCUGGAUGCUGGUCUUGGAGCGCGUCUGAUAUCGAAAGCCAGAGUCCCCAUCAUCAAGCUGUGUGAGAAGCCCUCUGAGGAUUUUCUGGAAGCUCUGAGAGCGGACCUGAAGUCUCGAGAGGAAGGAGAAUCGGUUGACGCCACCUCAUCCGACAAAGACCCCAGUCGGACGUCUUCAGGCCCCGCGCACAAUUCGGACGAUGCCGAUGCCGGCCGCGGUCAUUGCAGCCGCAGAAACAAGGUCAGUGUCCAGUUCCCCUCAUCAGAGGCCGGGAUCCAGUGUGACAUCAAUUUCUCGGGUCGUCUUGCAAUCUAUAAUUCGGAAUUGCUCCGUUGUUACUCACUGUGCGACGAGCGCGUCCGUCUAGUCGGGCUUUUUGUCAAACAAUGGGCCAAGGCACGAAAAAUCAACAACCCGUAUCACGGGACAUUAUGCUCCUACGGCUACAUCUUAAUGGUAAUACAUUAUCUUACAAACGUGGUGAGGCCGCCGGUUCUCCCCAAUCUCCAGAUCAUCUACCGGCCUCCCCCUCCUGGGCGUGGCUCUAAGGAAGUUACUACUGUGGAUGGAUGUGACGUUCGCUUCUUCAAUGACGAAAAUGAAAUUAAGGCACGGGCUAAAGCAAAUGCAUGGACCGACAAUCGACAACCCCUUGGCGAUCUGCUACGCGGUUUCUUCGCUUACUACGCCUCAAAUGGGCGAGGUGCACCUCUUGGGGGUUUCGACUGGGUGAAGAGUGUGGUUUCAAUUCGUACACGGGGUGGAAUUCUCACCAAAUCGGAGAAAGGAUGGACAGCGGCAAAGGUGGAUGCAAACGGCACUAGGCACAAAUACCUCCUUGCCAUUGAGGAUCCUUUCGAACAUGAUCAUAAUGUUGGAAGAACGGUCGUUCAGUCCGGGCUCGUUGCUAUCAGGCGCGAAUUUCGUCGAGCACAUGCAAUAAUCAAUCGUGUUCAAGACAUUCCGGGAGUCGGCUGGGAAUGGCGAACCGACGAAGGGGAUGUCGGUGAAGAUUUCUUCGCUGAGCCCGAAGAACACGCUCACCGCAAUCCGAGACGACGGGCGCGGUCUCGUGACAAUUCCGAAUGGGAGUCACCAGAGAUUGGAAGUCCUUUGACUCAUGCAGUUGAAGGGGAGACUCCUGACCAAGCGUCCACUCAGCAAAAGUCGAAUCAUCGGCCAGGGGCACAUCCAAUUGAUGAUAUGCUGAUUCCACUAUCUCAGCAGCAGCCGGCAGCGGGGCAUGUGGACAUAAAACAACAAUCUCCACAAGAAGAUCUCCCAAAGGCAGUCGCAGCCUUGUCCAUCUAG